GUUUUUCCCGAAUAGCGAGUCGUCGAUAUAGGGAUCGGGCGUCAGAUUCCGUGAAACUUGCCCGUUUUUCAUAAGACAUACACAACCAAGGGCGUGACCGUUCAUCCUCUAAGCCAUACAGGUCUUGUUGAAGACGGAGCGCCCAUAUAUAACAUAAUUCUGGGUAGAGAGGUGGAGCAGCAGCCUUGGGUCGAGAACAACAUCCAGGUCCCUUUAUACGUCAUACAGGCUGGUCUCCGCUACGAUAGUCGAAUAUGGGCGAAGGGCUAGAGUCAAGCGGGCGGGGAAAUCAGAAUACAGUGGAAUAUGAAAGUAUAGCUCUGCAGCCUACUAGUGAACAACAGCAGCAGGAGCAGGAGAUCCCUCAAAAUAUGCAUGAUCUUGACCAGCGAAGACACUCCCUGAAUCGAGUACGGUUUUCGUCUGAUAUCAACCGCGCCGCCGAACAAACGGUACCGACUUCGAGAGCCGCCGAGUCAGACUCCAACGAGACCUCUCUAACAACGACGCCCGUUUCGGCUUCACCAGGAGUGCUUACUGCUGGGCGCAACCGAGGGUACUCCCUUCGUCGAGUCCUCUUCAACCGGAAUCUCUUAACGCAACAACAACAACCAGAAGAGCCAGAUCUAGAACGAAAUGAAGCUUCUACAAAUGAACAGAGCGACAAGGAGACCAUUGACAGUGGUACAUUUCCGAAGGUCGCUACGGAAAAAUAUUCUGUUUUACCACAGCAUUCAGACUUUCUGAAAUCUACGACCUCCUUCCUGACAGCAAAGCCGCGACAGACGUUUUCCAUUACCCAUACGAUAAACAGCUGGCUCGCAUUUCUACUCUCCCUAUUCAAAACGCACAUCCUGCGUAUCAAGGAUAUCCCUCCGAGUGCUGACGGGCGACAUGUUGACCUUGAUGCCUAUAACACUAAACCCCGGACCGAUGAGCGAACCGGCAAGCACUAUGUAUCAAAUACAAUUCGCUCGAGCAGAUACAGCCUAUGGAGUUUUCUCCCUCGUCAGUUAAUCGCGCAAUUCUCAAAACUCGCAAACUUUUACUUUUUAUGUGUUUCCAUUCUGCAAAUGAUACCCGGGCUGAGUACCACCGGUACUUUCACCACUUUAGCGCCAUUACUUAUCUUUGUGGGGAUAUCCAUAAGCAAAGAAGGAUACGAUGAUGUCCGUCGAUACAGACUUGAUAAGGAAGAGAAUAAUCGAAUUGCAUCUGUACUGUGCCCGUCUGAGGAGGCGCAAGAUGGAUCAUAUGAAUCAUUACCAAUGACAGCUGGCGAUAUGAGCUCAAAGGCCACAGAUCACCCACAACCGUGGAUAAAUGUCAAAUGGGUCGAUAUAAAAGUUGGUGACAUCAUAAAACUUGAACGCGACCAGGCCGUGCCAGCGGAUAUCGUCCUACUAUACGCUGAUGAUCCCAACGGGAUAGCAUAUAUCGAAACCAUGGCAUUGGAUGGCGAGACAAACCUCAAGAGCAAAAAGCCAUGUUCUCUCGUUGCUAAAACAUUCAACUCAACGGAUGAUAUCAUCAAUGAUAGAUCUACACACUUUGUUCUGGAGGAUCCAAACAUGGACCUCUAUAAGUUUGAAGGCAAUGUCACCGUCGGAGACGAAACCGCGCCCCUGACGAACAACGAGGUAGUUUACCGCGGUAGCAUUCUCCGAAAUACCCAUGAAGCAAUCGGAAUGGUAAUAUAUACUGGAGAAGAGUGCAAGAUUCGUAUGAAUGCUACCAAGAACCCUCGCAUCAAGGCCCCAGCAAUUCAGAGUGUUGUCAACCGAGUCGUGGUCCUUAUUGUCAUUCUGGUUCUUUCACUUGCUGGUGCAUGCACAAUUGCAUAUAAAUACUGGUCACGCAGUACGGAACGCAUGUCUUGGUAUCUUGAGCAAGCAAAUGUUUCUUUUGGCCCGAUAUUUUCCUCUUUUUUGAUUAUGCUGAACACAAUGAUUCCAAUAUCGCUGUAUGUGACUUUGGAAAUCGUCAAAGUCGCCCAGAUGUUCCUACUAAAUGAUGUCGACAUGUAUGACAAGACAUCAAACACUCCAAUGGAGGCCAGGACUUCGGCCAUCAAUGAAGAACUUGGGCAGAUCAGGUAUAUCUAUCUUUUCUUAUUUUACCUCGCUUCUUGUAGUAAGGACGUGCUAACAGGCUUAGCUAUGUAUUUUCGGACAAAACCGGCACCCUGACUGACAAUUCGAUGCGAUUC